AUGGCCACCACAGACUAUACCACUAUCUCGACUGUCGCAGCGGAUGAUCUACAGCCAGGCCAUGCUCGUGUUGCCCCUGUGUCCUCGACAUCGUCAGUGGAGGACAUCAAUGAUGAUUCCCGGUCUACCCUCGCUGAUACAUCGCCCCCGAGUUCGAUCUCAGACACUGUCAUCGAGGAUCACCCCAAGCCUUCAAACGUAUUGCACGGAUCAUAUCCUGCUUCUGGUCUGCAGCUUCCAGACCACCAUAUAGACGACAUCCGAAGCCUACGUGUCGUCGUGAUUGGAGCAGGUAUCGCUGGCAUUAAUGCUGGAAUACUCCUUCCAAUCAAGGUUCCUCGAAUUCAGCUCACCAUUCUCGAGAAGAAUCAAGAUGUGGGUGGAACGUGGCUGGAAAACGUGUAUCCCGGUGUCAGGUGUGACAUACCUAGUCACGUUUACCAGUCGACAUUUGCUCCUCAUACCCAAUGGUCCCAGCAAUUUGCCCCUGGCGACGAGAUCAGAGACUACUGGCAGUCCAACGCCCGCAAGUACAAUGUGUACCAGUACGUCAAAUUUGGCCGACGCGUGCAAGACCUCAGCUGGGAUGAUCAAACGGCUGAGUGGACCAUCACUGGGGUGGACACCAAGUCAGGAGAGCCCUUCACACAGACUGCAGAUUUCGUGCUGCCAGCAAUCGGUCGAUUCAAUGACUGGAGACUACCUGAUUAUCCGGGUGUUUCCGAUUACAAGGGGCACAUCCGUCACACAUCGAACUGGGACCCGACCUUUGACCCUACAGGGAAGAAGAUUGCUGUGAUAGGCAAUGGAGCAAGUGGAAUCCAGGUUCUUCCCAACGUACAACGAGUUGCGAAGCAUGUCGACCACUACGCACGCAACAAGACCUGGAUAGCAGGAUCCUGGGCCGGUGACGCCCGGACAUUCGAACCUCAAUGGUACGAUCAAGAGAAGAAAGCAGAGUUCCUCGAUGAUCCCGACAAAUACCUCGCCUUCCGCAAAGAGAUCGAGGCCAAGUACUGGCGACGGUUUCCGGCACUGUUCCGAGGCUCCAAGGAGGCCGCCGAGAUGCGCGAGCGCUUCAUCCAGAUCAUGGGCGAGCGAACAGGUGGCAACCAGGAUCUGAUCGACAAGUUAGUCCCAGACUUCAAUCCCAACUGCCGCCGCCUGACUCCGGGGCCGGGAUACCUGGAGGCUCUCGUCGCCCCCAACGUCAGCUUCAUCCAAGACCGCAUCGCCCGCUUCACCGAGACCGGCAUCCAGACCGUCACGGGGGAGCACCGACCCGUCGACGCGAUCCUCUGUGCCACGGGCGCCGCCAUCGACUUCAUCCCGCCCUUCUCCAUCCACGCCCGCGGCCGCAACCUGCAAGACGUGUGGAGGCCCGGCACCAAGGACGCGCAACGCGACCCUCUCCACCACGGCUUCCCCUACACCUACCUGGGCCUCGGCGUCCCCGACGUGCCCAACUUCCUCCUCAUCGCCGGCCCGCACGGCACGGGGCCCUCAGGCACCGUGCCCCACAGCGUCGAGGUCCAGCUCACCUACUACGCCAAGCUGCUGCGCAAGGUGUCGGCGCAGGGCAUCAAGUCCGUCGCGCCCUCCCGACGGGCCGCCGACGACUUUGUCGAGUACGCGGACGCGUUCUUCCCCAAGACGGUGCUGACGGACAACUGCAGCUCGUGGGCGAAUGGCGGCCAACCCGGUCAACGCAUCCAUGGCAUCUGGCCGGGUAGCGCGGGCCAUGUCACGUUGGUGAGGAAGGAGCCGCGGUGGGAGGAUUGGGUGUGGGAGUACUGGCACGAGAGUGGGAAUCGCUUCGCGGGGUGGUUGGGCAAUGGGUGGACGCGGCGGGAGCGCGAUGAGGAGGCGGAUAUUACGCCGUAUCUGAGGAGGGAGGGCACGGUGGACUUGCGCAGCGUGCAUGAGGAGUGGUUUUCGUGGCCUUGA